UUUUGUAAGGCAUCUUUAUUUUAUUACUAUUCAGCCAAAUCCUGAAAACUUCUUUAACCAUGGAGUUGGUUUUGAAAAGGCAAGGGGAAAAUUGCAGGAGCUCUUGGAGCUGGCAUUACAGACUGUUCCCGAUUGCAAGAGGAUACACGAAAACACCUGGAAACAAAAGGACUGCCACAACAGGGUGGAGAAGAGCUGCAGGACCCAGGUCAGAAAGAACAGCUCUGGCCUGAGAAGGAGUUUACCUGAAGUAAGAACUAAGGUUGUGAAGGCCAUGCUGUGGAGAGUCAUCCACCUGGGAGACCUGGACCCAAUCAUGGCCGGAUUUGCUGCCCUGGGGUUCCUGAACUGUGCUGGAGCCAUAGUUGGGACCCCCAUACCAAUCCAUGUACCUGAGCAUCGAACAGCCCAGUAUAUUAAUAGAAAGAGCUACUUCUCCAUGGCGCUGCAGGUCCUGGUUGACCACCAUGAACAGUUCACGAACAUUUUUGUCUGGUGGUUGGGCAGGGUACAUGAUGCCUACAUCUUUUGGAACUCUAGCCUGUACAGGAAGCUGGAGAUGGGCACAUUCUUCCCCCGCCAUGAACUAGAAGUUGGGGACGUGCAGAUGCAAUUGUGCAUCGUGAGUGAUGUGGCCUACCCCCUCAUGCCAUGGCUCAUGAAGCCUUAUACUGGACAUCUGGACCCCAGCAAGGAUCAAUUUAAUGCCCACCUGAACCAGGCCAGUAUCCAGGUUGAAUGCGCCUUCAGCUGCCUCAAGGUGCAGUUCAGGUACCUGCUGACCCACCUUGACGUUUGGGAGAACAACAUCCCCGAGAUGGUCACAGCAUGAUGUGUCCUCCACAACAUUGUGAAGAGGAAAGGGGAGGCCUUCCUCUUGGGGUGGGGAGCAGAUGCCAGCCACAAGGGGCAACCCUUCGAGCAUCUGCAGACAGCAGCCAUCUGCCAGGCUCAUCAGGCUGGGGUGUGCAUCUGGGAGGCCCUGACCCCAAGGACCCCAGUAAGUCUCCCUAAGGCCUCUCCAACAGGGGCCUCUGGCUUGCUGCCCUAUCCCUUCCCCACCACAACCCCUUCUUUUGCC